UGAAAUACAUAAUAUUGAAUAUGUUCUAUUUUAAAUUGACCGUGUAGUUAUAAUACAAUUACUUGAAUUCUAAUUAAAUUAAGCGGAGUGAGAUAAGUACUACUGAAACCUGGCAACAUCGCAACGGCUGCAGCGCAAAGCAAACAAACAUCGAGGCAUUUAAAAACCUUGGUUUGGCGGGCAUUUAACUCGUAACGGUUAUGUUUGCACACCGUGUCUCUGUCUCCCUAAUUUCAGUUAAAACCGCUUAUAAGUAUCAAGCGCACUAGUAUUGCUAGUGGUGCAUUAUUAGUGUACGGAGCAUCAUACGCGAGGCAUCGCAUUAGUUUCAACAGUGCCGCGUACCUACUCACCGAGUGGGCAUUUUUGGCAGCGUGUUUUGCAUUCAAUCGCAUUUAUUUUAUUCCUGACAAUGGCUCAACCAUCGGUAGCCUGUUAUUUCAACACGCGGAAACGCAACGCAACCGAGGACCUCAAAAUAACUAGGGCACGCAAAGUGCUACAUCAAGAAGUUUCGGACAGCAACGAGGCCCAGGACAAUCAUGAUUUUAUCGCUGACAAAGCCCCAAUCAAAGCGAAAACGCUGCCGAUCGACCCGACUUCGCUGAGCGCAAAAAUAGUGCAGCUCGCGAAUCUGCAAAAUGAAGGUAAAAUCAAGGCGAAGAAACCAGUGCGCUCGUCGAGAGCCAAAAAAGUGAUUGACGAUCAGCAAAACAUCCAAGAACUACUUAAUAACAUGAUCCACAAAGACAAAGAUGAGCCUCAACAAACCAAACUAACAGAAAAUGAAGAUACUCGGGAGAUUCAGCUGCACAAGACGCCGCCGGCGACGCCAACGAAGACCAAUGCGAUGGACAAGGUGAAGGUUUCAAUUCAGGACAUGAGUAUGAAGGAAGUGCGGCAAAAAUUGACUAGGAGCAGUCGUCUCGCCGAACUGAAAGCUUCCAUGGCUAGAUUUAAAGAAAAAGAUGCUAAACUUAAAGAAAUUGAGAAGCACGCACCCAAAACAUCUGAAACUCCAGGCUUGAAAAGCUUUAAAUCAAUUGAACUUGAAGUUAACAUGAGUCCGGUAAAGUCCCAAACUCCGGAAAAAAUGUACCUGAGCCCAAGAAAAGACUCCACUGCAAAGAGAAACCUACUCAAUUUACUCUCCCCCAGCAAAAAUGCAAUUAAUUUGCCAAAAACUAGUAAUAAGUUGCUAACGACUGAAAAAUUGGCAUUAACAUUACCAUUUAAGUACAGAACUCUAGCGGAAUUGUUUCGUAGCAUUGAUACCGUCUCGCAAAUCAUGCACAAUCGCAAAGAAAUGAUUACAUUCAAAAAACUCAAGCCGGCUGUUGAAGAGCUAAUCAAACGUAACUUAACCGAAAAACAUCUCGCGCAAAUCAAAUUUCUCCUUCCGGACGCUUUCACUUUUCGACAGGACAAACUCCGCGCUUAUGGUUCUAAGGUGGAAAGCUGGGAGUUGGUUAUCGAACCGCAUAUUGAGCAGGGUUCAAUGUCGUCGGAUGCUUUAUUAGAGAGACGACGUAAACUGUUUAAUGUACUCAUCGAAAAGGUAAAAAUUUACCAUCAGGAGUUUCUGUCAUCGUUGGAACCUCCGAUUGUUGUUGAUGCAGAGAAGAUAAAACGCUGGCAUCCAGAGUUUGACAUCGAAAGAGUACCGGAUAUCGAAUGUGCAGAGUUGCCGAAAGCUCCAGUGGAAGAAAAGUUUACUACAGGUAAAGAUGUACUUGACCGAGCGAAACUUAUGUUCAAUUGCAACACGCGCAUGGAGGCGGCGUUGGAACGCUUGCAGAAAGCUCGCGAUAAUUCAUCUCAUGAUCAGGUUGUGCCGGAACCAGCAAAGGUACAAUCUGAGACGUUAUUGAAAGGUAUUCCUAAGUCUUUAUUGGAAAAAGUACGUCAAAAACAAGCUGCGAAAGCUUUGGAGUCUAUGACGCGCACGGAUGCUAAAGAUAAAGAAGUGCAGGUGUAUUCGCAUCUGCCGGAGUUGGCAAGACUCACGAGGAAUCUCUUUGUGGCCGAAAAGCGUAGUGUUUUGCAGCUCGACAUUGUGCUAGAGAAGCUAGGCAACAGUAUUCGCACGUUUUUGAAAAAAGAAGACAUUGAAGCGCGGUUAAAACUCAUCGAGAAAGAAGUGCCUGGCUGGUUGAUGUUCCAUAAUAUUCGUAAUCAAAUUUACAUUAAAAUCGCCAAAGACGCCGACCUCAGUAUUGUGCAGCACAAAUUGGAGAAAAUACUCAAGCUUAAACAGUCUGCAUGAAAUUACCACCCUAACGACCGAUUAACCUAAACUAAACUACUUAGACUACUUCCAGUUAAAUUUUCAUUUUGUCUUUUCAAUAGGUCAUUAUCUUAUGAUAAGUAACAAUGCCAUAUGUUUGGACGACUGAAUAGGUUUAAGAAUACUAACGAUGCUUUUCACAGGAGGGCAAAUUGCGUAAUUAUGUUGACAUCAUGUUUGUGAUUCUAUUGACGAUGAAUGUGCAACAUUAUUUAGCUAUUUUGCAUUCCUUGAAUUCAAAUAAUAAUAAUAAUUGACUCUCGUUUGAAUAUACAUUUGGCAUGAUUGUAUUAUGAUGUAUUUGCUGAUUAAAUCAACUUCGACUUA